CCACACGCUCUUCCUCCUCCGGCGUUUCUUGCCUCCAAGCAACCACCACCGGAGAUCUCUUCCCAGCUCUUUUGUCGGCUUCCCGCCGUGCGUGAGGCCUCCACGCAUCCCCCACUCCCCCCCUCCCCCCUCGCCGGAUUCUUUUCCUUGCACGCCCAGCCUCCCUCUCUCCCUCGCGCUAUCCUCCACCACCGCCAGAGGUACUGUCCGUACGAGUGGAGGAGGAGGGGGAGAGCACGCGCCGGCGGCUACGGAGUAAAGAAAGUGCCUGCCGUCCAUGGCCGCCGCCGCCGCCCCGGUGGCCCCCGGGAACGGGCGCCUCGGCCGGCCGCGGGCGCCCAGGGUGGGGCUGCGCGUGUAUGCGGCGGGGGCGGCGGCGGGGGAGGGGGAGGGGCCGUCGUGCCUCUACGUCGGGCCCAUCGAGACCGCCAGCCAGGAGAUGCUCGAGGCGCUCUACCGCCAGGCCAGGGAUUCCUACUACAGCGGCCAGCCUCUGAUUGUCGACGACAUGUUCGACAAAGUUGAGCUGAAGCUCCGGGUCUACGGCUCCCCGUCGGUCGUAAAAUACCCCCGCUGCAGCCUCAAGCGACAGUCGGCGUACGCGGACGCCGAGGAGGACCACUCGAUGUUUAUGGCACUGUCGAGCAUCUGGACGCUGCUGCUCCUGCUCGGCACCUCGGCGUUCCUGGUUCCGAGCUUCUACACUCUGAGCCUGGCGUUCGGCGACGCGUUCGGAGCAAGGUCUCUCUUCUCCGGUGCUAAGUCCCUUGACGGGAUAACGAGGGUGAACCACAUGGUUUUGAUUGGACUAGGCUAUCUGAUUGGCUAUCCGGUUGCAUCCGCGUCGGUUGGUGCAUUGCAAGGCCUGUUGACAAACAAUGUGGUUGCACUAAAAGGCUCUUGCCCAAACUGUGGCGAGCAGGUCUUUGCAUUCGUGAAGACGGAUAAGUCCAUUAAAGCACCCCACAAGGCAGAAUGCCAUGUCUGUGAGUGCCCGUUGGAGUACCGUACUAAAGUCGAGAGAUCUCUGUCUGGACCUAGAAGAAGCUGGGUUUACGGCCGGGUUUAUAUGGUGAAGCAAGGGCAUCCUAGAAAAAGGAGAUGGAUAAAAGACUAGAAACCCCAACGAUAGCUGCUGAAGAAAGAGGUCCAUAUCUGUUAUGGUAGCAGUCUUGUUGCUCUGUAGUGCAUAUAUGCCAUUGCCCAUUGAUGAAACCAAGCAAGCAUUUUGUAAAGCAGUACAUUCUUUCCAGAGAUGUCCGAAAUCUGCAGAUGAACAGAAUUGUUGGCGUAUUA